UUGCAGAGCAACUUGUGAGCAGCCAGCAGCCCGCGGGCCGGGCUCUCUUCGUCCCGCACAGCGGCGGAGCUCCAGCCUCGCAGGGAGGGGCGAGGAACAGCGACCCCAGCCCGCCCCCGGCCGCCGUGGGACCCCACAGCUUCGGGGCAGCGCCUCCCGGGACCUCCUCGUCCCUGCGGCCGAGCGGAACCGAGCGCGGCCCCGGCGCCUGCGCCCCUGCGGAGGAGGGCGGGGGGGGAUCCGGCCCCACGGCAGCCCCCCCCCUUCCUGGCAGGGGGCUGCCCCGGGCCCUGCUCUAACGCCUACCGGUGUCGGGAACCAGCCCGAAAGAGAGGGAGAACUCGCGGGUCCCCGCCCGCGGCGCAUCCGCCCGCCCUCCCGGUCCUGCGCCCCCCCCCCCUCCGGGGCUCGGGGCCGGCCCCGGCUGGAAGAUUUCCCCGCUCGCUUCCCUUCGGAGGGGUUUUGUCGCCUAGUCGUGCGCCGAGGGGAGGCACCGUCCCUAAGGCACCCUGCCUCACCCUGCGGGGGAAGGGAGCUGGGUGGGGGCAAGCCAGGAAGGGAGGAUCUCAGCGGCUCUCCUAAAAAUCUGUCGGCAGGCUGCGAGGAAGGGAGAGUUUGGCACUUGGCGGGCGAGGCUGCUCUUGUUUUCUCCCGGCGGUGAUGCCUCUGGACUGAGAGCGGCGAGGCUGUGAGAGUUGGGGGGACGGAGCCCUCCCCAGCAUCCCUCCCCCUCCCCAUCCAGCCCCGGCGGCUGCCCCCCGCUACAUGAGAGCUGCAGGGAGGAGAGAGCGACUCGGUGCCUGCUAGGGCUGCUCCCCGCCGCCUCCCGGACUUUCCCACCCCCGCCCAGGAGAGUUGCCUCGGCAGGCUCCGUGCUAUGGCGAGGCUGCGGAGAAGCAAACUAGCCGCUGGAUUUUUAUUACUUUUCCAAUGCCUGAGCGAGCGCUGCCAGCUCGCCGCCGAGGAGACGCCGAGCCAGAGCAACGGCAGGAAAGCUGGCAACCUGGGAACAUUCUUUCAGAUAUCAGUUUUGUCAGAGAUAUGAUUGAUAUCAGAGGUGUGUUUUAUGAAGUUGUUCAGAGCUUCCCUCGAGUGGAGGAAAAUGUGCAAGUAAGCAGCCACAGGUGGAGAAGGCACUCGGAAUCUCUCAAAUCAGUCGACACUAACAGAGCCAGCAUGGGUCAGGAUUCCUCUGAGCCAGGGGGUUUCACAGAUCUACUUCUUGAAGAGGGACAUGACAACACCACCCAGAUUGAGGAGGAUACAGAUCAUAAUUAUUAUACUUCAAGAACAUAUGGCCCAUAUGAUUCUACUAGCCGGGAUUUGUGGGUCAAUAUAGACCAAAUGGAGAAAGACAAAGUCAAGAUUCAUGGGAUCCUCUCCAAUACCCAUCGGCAAGCAGCAAGAGUAAAUCUGUCCUUCGAUUUUCCAUUUUAUGGCCAUUUUCUACGUGAAAUUACAGUGGCAACUGGGGGUUUCAUAUAUACUGGAGAAGUUGUACAUCGAAUGUUAACAGCUACACAAUAUAUUGCACCCUUAAUGGCUAAUUUUGACCCCAGUGUGUCAAGAAAUUCAACAGUCAGAUACUUUGAUAAUGGCACAGCACUAGUUGUCCAGUGGGACCAUGUCCAUCUGCAGGAUAAUUACAACCUGGGCAGUUUCACUUUUCAGGCCACCCUUCUCAAUGAUGGGCGUAUCAUUUUCGGCUACAAAGAAAUUCCUGUUGCUGUGACACAAAUAAGUUCAACCAACCACCCAGUGAAAGUGGGACUCUCAGAUGCAUUUGUGGUUGUGCACAGGAUCCAGCAAAUUCCCAAUGUCCGUAGAAGAACAAUUUAUGAAUACCAUAGGGUGGAACUGCAGAUGUCAAAGAUCACCAACCUGUCAGCUGUUGAAAUGAUACCUCUUCCAACUUGUCUCCAGUUCAACAGCUGUGGUCCUUGUGUCACUGCCCAGAUUGGCUUCAACUGCAGUUGGUGCAGUAAACUCCAAAGAUGCUCCAGUGGAUUUGACCGCCACCGGCAAGACUGGGUAGACAGUGGUUGCCCUGAAGAGUCAAAGGAUAAGAUUUGUGAGAAGAGUGUAGACACAACAGAAACACCUCCAUACUCCACCACAACCCUUCAACCAACCACAACAAAGUUCAGAGUUUUAACAACCACCAGAGGAUCCACCACUUCCCAACUGCCAACUAGCUUGCCCACAGAAGAUGACACCAAGAUAGCGCUGCACCUAAAAGAUAAUGGAGCUUCCACAGAUGACAGUGCUGCAGAGAAGAAAGGUGGAACACUUCACGCUGGCUUAAUUGUUGGUAUUCUAGUCCUGGUCCUCAUUGUGGCUGCAGCCAUCCUCGUGACUGUCUAUAUGUACCAUCAUCCAACAUCAGCUGCUAGUCUCUUCUUCAUAGAGCGGCGUCCGAGCAGAUGGCCAGCAAUGAAAUUCAGAAGAGGAUCAGGACAUCCUGCAUAUGCUGAAGUGGAACCAGUUGGAGAAAAAGAAGGCUUCAUUGUAUCAGAGCAAUGCUAAAAUUUUUAGGACAGAACACCAGUACUGGCCUACAGGUGUAAGACAUUUACUUUGCCUCUCUUUAAAGAAAAGGAGCCCUAAGCUGCUGUAGCCUAAUAGAAAGAAGAUUUUGGAUAAGCUUUGUCCAAGAAGAAAAACUAUCUAAGAUACCAGAUUACCACUGCACAGUAGUCUUCAUUAGUGGACUGACACACAAUGGUUCAUGCAGAACACCUGUCAGUGGACACCUAUGGUAUCAGAACUAUGGCACAAGUGCCACAUUAUUGGCUUUAGGUUUGGGGGUGCACAGUAAUCAAAAAUAUAAUAAAGCUUUGGUGCACAAGGGUAUUACCCUGUGGUUCAAGUGUUCUUCUCUGGUAUCUCAAAGACUGAGUGACAAAUCUGUACACUUUCAGUGCAAACAGCACUGAUUAAUGUUCGCAGGUGAUUGAGAAAAGUAUCUCAGUGCAGGUAAAGAAGAAAAAUAAAAGUUUUUUUCCAACAUUUAUACGAGCAGAUGUGGAAUUACAAUCACUUUUCAAUUCUAAAUCAGCCUACCCACCUAAGUGAGCGAGUCACAAUGUAUGUGUUUUUCAGGAGUAGAACAAUGUUUCUUGUACAUUGCUGAUUAAUAUCCUUCUAAACAACUCACAAUAUACAAACUCCUAAGAAAUGAAGGCAAUAGAGAAUUUUCAGAAUGGUGAAAUUGUUAUUUCAUGGAUGUUUACAAUGAAAUUGGGCUCAUUUUCUAUAUCAAUGUUCACUAAAACUCAAUUUUACCUUUUUUUUUUUUCCUUCUUUUUCAAGGGAUAUCCUUCAUUUCUGAGCAGUAGGCUGAAGCGGUAGGCAUUUUAUCUCCCAGAGAUCUUAUGGACCAUUUCUUAGGCAAUGUGAUAUGAAAGAUGUUAACAUUUUAACCAAAUGGGUUUCUAUUCUUUGCCAUUUCAUUGUGAGUCUUUCCUGAGAAGCAACACAGACUUUAAUGCACCCCUCCCAGAGAUUCAGAUACAAGUGUUACUGAACCCUGCUGAUUCAUACAGUGAUUUUGUUUAAUGCACAUAGUAGUUGCAUAAAUAUAUAUAAAAAUAUAUUUUUUUUUAUAGCUAACACAAGGCGGGCUCUUGUGACUGUUAAGACUGCAUUUUUGUCAUCCAGACAAAGGAAAUGGAUUGCAUUACUGCAUAUUUCCACUGAGUUGUAAAAUAAUCCUUAAUACUAGAAUAUUUUUAUGUUGUGUGGGGAAGGUGGUUCAUGUAGUUGCAGUGCCAUAACCUUUCUGCCUAUUGGAACCAUUCUUUCUUUAAUAUUGACACUUUCCCUCCCUGUAUAGGGAAAGAAAAUGCUAUAAAUUCACAGCAUCAAAAACAGUUACUCCUUUCAUGGAAGGGGUUAAUAUACACUGAGACCCAGAUCUUCCAUGCAGAGUGGAAACCUAAAUACUUUGAUGUUCUGGGCCUGAGCUAUUAAAAUACUAAAUUCAGGUAUUGUACUUACAUUUCAUUUUAUUCAUUGACUAUCAAGCUUUUACAUACUGUACAAACAGAGGCACUUGAUUCAUUUUAAAGUGAGGUAGACAAUAUUAGCAGUUUCAGAUCUCAAGCAGUUAAAAAAAAGUUGUAGACACCACCUUAACAGUAUAAUUAUUUACAUUUCUUUUUGAUGCUUGUUUGAUCUAAAUUUGAUUACAUAAUGGUGUUUUUUUUUUUAAAAAAAAAAAAGCAUCAUUUUUACUUUUUAUUUUGUCAGUAAAUAAUACAACACUGUAUUUUCUGUAUCCUUAUAUUUUGCAUUACACACUUGUUUUCAUCUGUUUUAAGUCAUUUAGGGUGAGAUUUAAACUGUUCAAAUCUAACUGGUAUUAAUCUGAAAGUACUAACAAACACAUUGUCUUGAAGCCUAGUGAAAAGCCUGCCACAAGAAUUCUUUUCAAUUUGUAUAGAUCUACUGAAUCCUAUUUCUGGUAGGGUGGGAUUAAAUUGAAGGCUGUUAAUUCUGAUAGCAAUAACAAAAUGUAUGCACAUAUAUAUAAACGGUGACACUCCUUUUUAUUACAUAAAAUGAUAUCACUGCACAUCAUUUAGACACUUACUUGAUGUGCAAUGCUCAUCAUUAGUUUUUGUAGGGGUCUUGGAAGUCAGAUAGCAUUGGCUAGGGUUGAUUGGCCAAAAACAGCAAUUGUAGAGCUUCCAUUUGAAGCAUGCUGGCAUCAUGUUUGAAAUCAUUGUUAUUUCAGAGAAUAUCUUGACAAAUUAUACUUUAAAAAUUACAAAAAUCUAUACAGUAGUGCAAUAAAUUCAAGGGAUAUUUCAUACACACAAAGAAUGUUUAUAUUAUUAUGAGCACAGGUAUGCAUUUUGGCCAAUUCACCCAUGUAUGUAAUUCAUAUCAUGCAAUGGAGCUUACAGAAUAUUUGUAACAUUGUUUGACAAAUGCAACAACAAUUUUCCAACCCAGUAUUUUGAUUACUUUUGUUCUAAGGCACUGUCGCACAGGUGAAGGAUGUUUAUUAGUAUUUGCAAACUAACUAAAAUUUCAUGGUCAUUAUUAAUAUAAGAGCAAUUAUAUUUUCACUCUUUGUUCACCUACAAUAAUUUGGUGGCAGAUUUCAUUGAUCUAUGGGGAGAUAUAGUGUACUUGUUUUGAUUUUUGCCAUGACGAUAUAUUCUAUGGUUUAUAACAUGAUGAGUUCCUGGGCUUAUUUAAUAAGAUUGAUAGGCAUAUGCUUAUAUCUGAUAAGAACUAAUAUCUGAAGAGGAAAACUCCUGCAUACUAAUGGAAUGUAUAGUGUCUCAUUGGUGUCUGCUUUGAUAUAUUCUGUGGUAUGUUCUAUUUAUCCCAGUAGGCAAAAGUUAAUUAAGUAAUCGGUUGCUGUUUUGUAAUUCCAUCUGGUUUUCUAAUUUUUUAAUAAUUAAAACUGCCACAUUAAAAAUGAUACAAAUAUAAAUCUUUAGAAGGUGUGGUAAAAUAUUGAUAUUAAAUGCAUUUUUUAUUCUUUUCACUUUAUAAAGCACCUGCUUAAUUGAUCCAAACUGAAAAAGUAUAAUAUAACCCCCACUGUGGUGAAGUGGGGGUUAUGAAACUGUGGCUUCACUAGCAUUUCCACUGGUCUUUAAUUUGAAAGUACUUCAGAAUAUUUCAUUUGUUUAAAUGUUUCUUUACAGAGUCAUUUAUUCUAACAGUUAUUUUAACUCAAACUUUGCCUCUAAUUUUAUGUAUCUGUUAUAUAUGAGUCAUGAUGACAUUAUCACAAGAUCUCUAAAAAUUAUCGCUUAUUUUCCAUUUUCAUGUUAAAUGUUCCAUAGUACCUAACAUGUUCACUGUUAUGCUUCUCAUCCUGUUUCACAGAAAAAGGAAAAUUUGAACUACAAGGAUUCAAAGCACAUUGCUAAGUAACUUAAGAUGAAUCAAUAAAUUAGAUAUAUGUAUCACACA